AUGCCGACUCACUCAGGGGCUCCCUCGUCCACCGGAAACGAGUAUCGGGAUGAAGAGGACGACGGGAUAGACGCGUUCUGCUCCACGUCGAUUCACGCGUCCCUGUCGACUCUGCUGCGCAGCGAAAAGUUUUCCGACAUGACGAUUCGCUGCGGUGGGCGUGAGUUCAAGGCCCACCGUGCCAUCGUCUGCACCCAGUCCACCUUCUUUGACCGGGCCUUGAGCAGCAACUUCAAGGAAGCUGCUUCUCGUGUUGUUGAGCUCCCUGAUGAUGACCCUGAUGUACUUGAGCGCUUUCUUGAGUUCCUGUACACAGGGGCGUACUCUGACGGUGUGAACCAGACGUGGGGAAAGCCAUCCACCGUCGCCAUGAUGAGCCCCGAAGAAGUUCAGGAGAACCUCAACAACACGCCUGACGACUCUGACGAGAAUGAUUUGGAUUACGAACCACCCAGUCCCACAUCGACGAGGUCAAACUCCAACUCGGAGCCAGAAGAGGAAUACAACGAGUAUUAUGGCGAUAGCGCUUCCAAUAGCGAGCAAGAACCGGAAGACUCCCCUGAAGAGCCAAGACUCGAGUCCAUGUCCGUCAUGCAGCUGUGUGAGCUGUUGGCACUAAACAAAGAGGAGGCGAUGCAGAGAUUGGUCAAGAUCCGCAACGACAUGACACUCCCCCUUCGCUUAUACAUCAUGGCGGACAAAUACGACGUGCCAGCCCUCCGUCUAUUGGCGAGGGAUAGAUUCUACCGGGCCGUCGAGCUAGAGUGGGAGCACGCGGAAUGCUUUCCGGACGUCGUCGACGAACUCUACCUCGGCACGCCUCAGACCGACACGGCCAUGAGGGAGAUUGUGUGUCGAAUCGUCGGGAGCAGGAUCCUUAGCGACAGGGUCAGGGACAAGAUGAGGCCCGUCAUGGAGAAGCACGGAGACUUUGCCGUCGGCGUUAUGGAGUAUGCCAUCCACUCUGGUAGGAUUCGAUAG